GAAAUAGAAUCUGUAUUACACAAUUCAAAUUAAACGUUAAAAUUUAUAGUAGUUUUAUUUAAAAUUUAAUACUAAUUAAGUGUGUGUUGGUGAUUUUUAAACAAAUAAGUGUUAAAGUAUUUUGUUAGCAAUUAAUUAAAAACAAUAUAGUAAUCAAAGUGAAAAAAUAUAACAAUUUUGCGAGUUGGAAAGUACUAGGAGUGAAUAGAAAUAAAAGAGGUUUCGGAAGUUCUUCGCGAUAGUUCGUGUGAGCGUCGGUUAGAUGGCGCGGUGACAAAGUGGCCUACAUGCCGGUGGCGCUGGGCUCGCUCGGCGGCGAGGGCGAGUACCGCGAGUACGGCCACCAUCUCUCGCCGCACCACCCGCCGCACCCCCCGCACCUGCACCCGCAGUACCAUGAGUACGCGCCGCCGCCGCCGCUCUACCACCCGUUACCGGAUCCUUAUUUUCGGAGGCACGCACCGUAUUUUGGUCAGCCAGAUUACAGAGUUUAUGAACUCAAUAAACGAUUACAACAAAGGACAGAG